AGUGGGGGCCGUCAGUGGGCAGCCGUCGGCGAGAGGUGGCGGUGGUUUUGUAAGGCGAAGAAAAGAGGGGUUAAGUGAGCCGUGCCGGGCCGUAGAAGCGAGCAAGCGGUGGCGCGGCCCGUGCUCGUGCCAUAGGGCCUCUGCCAGGCAUUAGUGCAAUCGUUUACAAGAUGGCAGACGGUCCGUCCGCGGAGGACGCGGCCACCGAUCUCGGGGACAGUGAUUCUCGUUUGACGAGGGAGCGACACAAACGUCAGGACGCAUCGUCGUUUUCGAUGACGUCGUUGAGCACGGGCCAGGACAUCGCGAGACGCACCCACGAAGACGCUUCCGCACUCGAGACGCAUCCUCAUUAUCGGCAACAACACCAGUAUCGUCCUCUCCGUCGCAAUUGUCACGCUAAUCCUCGUCGGCACAGUAACGCUAACAACAACAACAACAAUAGCGGUAAUUCGAGCAACAGUAACCAUCGUCGGGAGCACGAGCACGACGAGAACGCCGAUGGCAAGGAACGCGUUGGUAAAAACGAGAGUGGUGUCGGUGUUGACACGACGUGUUCUGUUGCUUCGCGAGGCAGGCAGGAACGCGACGAGAACGACGAGGACGACGAGGAGGACGAGGACGAGAAUGGGGAAGACUACGAGGUGGAUAAGGUAGAUAGGAGCGGUGCAAAGGGUAGGAGGGGUGUGUCGAAAAAGUGCCGCGGCUCGGCUCGGAUCGACGCGACAAAGACGAAAAAUGUGACGAAGGCGAAGAACGAGGAGAGCGACAGCGAGAAUGGUAAUGGUGGUAGUAACAACAACGACAGUAACGGUGGCUGGAAGGGUGGCUCGAUGACCGGUCACGCGACGCACGGCGGUGACAAUACCGGUGGUGGUGGGUGUUCGGUCGGCGACGGUCGACGGUCGAGGCCCGCGGUGGUCGGUGGUGCUUUCGUCGUCGAUGCGACGAUGACGAUUUCGACGAGUUCUCUGAACGAGAGUGCGAGCGAUAUGAAAGAGUGCCGCGUAGACGACGACAACGACAACGACGAGGACGAGGACGAGGACGAACGAGAAUGGAAACGCGAGCGCGAGCAACGCGAAGAGUACGGGCGCGAGCGAGAUCGCAAUAAUGAUCGUCAGGAGAAAGAAAAAGCGAAUCGUAGCAGUGGUAGCGAGAAGAUCGGCAGAGACGUGGAGGAGGACGUGUCCGGAAAAACGACGAACGACAUUGCUAGUGAUGGAAGUAGUAGUAGUAGUGAUGGUGGUAGUAGUAGUAGUGGUGGUGGUGGUAGUAGUGGUGCUGCUGCCGCUGCUGCUGCUGUUUCUGGUUCUGGUGGUGGUGCUGCUGGUGCCGCUGGUGUUACUACAAAUAGCCUCGUUGCUGGCAGGCAUCAGGGCAGCCCUUUCAAGGGACAGGUUAGGAUGGCCGAGGACACCCUCGUCGGCCCUUGCGGCAAGAAGCGGUGCGCCGAUCGAUACGACAGUUCCGAGAGCUCUGACAGUGGCGUGGCCGUGUCGUGCGGGGAGUGCAGCAGCAGCGGUACCAGCGAUAUCACGGAGCCUGGUUCGCCGUGCAGCACGAGCAGCGACGAGGGGGUAGCGAUACGUGGCGCGUCCGCCAGUCCACUUCCGUCCCUACCCAAGCUGGCGCCGUCCUCGCAGAUCAGCACCAGGCCCCAGUGGCCCUGGACCCCGCCGUUGGCCGCCACCGCGUGCUCGACCUACAAGAGGCUCAAAGGCGAGCCCGAGGUUGGCACCCUCCCGAGGUCCGGGGCUGCCGAUCCCAGUUUCACCCGUGGCACCAGCAACAAGUCCGCCGGCAAGCCCAACACCACCCAAGGCCACCACCACCUUCACCACGAGUCCCAGGGAAAGAUCACCGAGUAUUUUAAAACCCAAAUCAAACCACAGCAGCCUAAGAUCAAGAAGAACAGCAGCGACAGCAUGUCGGUGCUUGUGGCGAAGAGCUCGUCGGAAUUUCGAAGGCCAGCCACGGUGCAGAGGAACAAGGGUGGACUGGCCAAGUAUUUGAGCAACGUGUCGCCGAACGGCAGGACAGCGUCGAGCAACGAUUGGGAAGCGAGGACCCUGACCAUGUCGCCGCCGCCGACGAAGAAGCCACUGCCGGUGAUCGUGCCGAGGACCAACAGCAAGAUCGACAAGAAGUUGACCAAGCCAGUGCCUAGCCUGCCCAUCUCCAACGACGUGUUGAAGAACUGCAAGAUCUCGUCCCUCAGAUUGUCCACGGAAGCGUCCUCGAACGCGAAGAGCAGCUCGCCACCGGCAUCGACGCCGGCCCCUGCUCUGAGCGGCGACGCGACCACCCUCGACUACAAGGGUUGCAUCCUGUCGAAGCCGCACGUCAACGAGAACAACAACCUGACGAACGGUUGCGGUGGCAUCUUGGGCUCGUUGAGGUCUCAACAAGGUAGCCAGGACCUGUUGACGAGGCUGUCCGUCCCCGAGGACACCGACGACUCCGCGAAGGAGAGACAGGCGAGCCCGGCGGACGAGGACGACGCGGAGGAGGAGGAGGAGGACUCGAGGAGCAGCGAGUCGACGAAACCGCUGCUCUCGCCGAUACUCUCUGCCCCGACCACCAUACGAUUCCCUGCCCGAGAGCCGGAGAAGGACAGGCAACAGGGAACGGACAGCGGCGUCUGCCGGUGGGACAAGUGCGAGGAGAGUUUCGAGUCGAGCGGGGAGCUUCUCGAACACUUGCAGGUAGCGCACAUCAACACGCAAACCGGAGGCGAUAAUUUCGUCUGCCAGUGGCAAGGCUGCAAGGUGCAGGGCAGGAGUUCCUGUUCGCGAAGGUGGCUCGAACGACACGUGUUGUCCCACGGAGGCAACAAGCCCUUCCGGUGCAUAGUCGACGGCUGCGGCAGCAGAUUCAGCUCUCAGACGGCACUCGAGAGGCACGUGAACGGCCACUUCAAUCAGCCGGAAACCAGCAACAACAACGCGAAACGGAGCUGCGAGAGCGGCGGGAAACUGGUGAGAAGAAACGGGAAACGGCUUCGAUACAGGCGGCAACCUUGGUCUGCGAGGCUCUUCGAUUACUUCGACUCGGGGGUGAUGGAGGGACUCCAGCACAGGUUACUUCAGUUGGCGAAGUCGAGGACGCAAGGUCACCUCGCGGAAACACCAGGAAACUCGAUGGCCCUAACUAGUCAAGUAUUAGCCCGAAGAGUGGAAUUGGACGGGAAGAUUAAGGUCCUGUUGCGGUGGUACCCUCCAGAUAUCGAGCCGGACGAGUGGGUGCCAGAGUCGGAAGUACAAAGCACGAAGAACGUUGAGAUACGAAAGGUGGCGUCGUCGCACCCGGAGGAAGUGAGCCUGGCCCUGUACUCGGCGGUGGACGGCGGUGCACCGCCGUUGAUGCGAGCGAAGCACCGCCGAAAACCGGUGAAGAACUCGUGAUAAUGCCGGACACGGUGAUCAACGACGAAGCGCGAUUAUAAGUGGUAAUUAAAGCAACGAUCGAGCCAGAAAAACGAGUGGCGUCGUUGUCCUGUAAUUCGGGGCAACGAUUGUGCUUUUCUGGGUCUGGACGGAGGGGAGGAUUUGUCCGAAGGAAACUGAACUGUGUCGAGAAGAGAAAGAGAGAGGAACCUGGGCGAAUAGAGGCGACCCUCUGAUAUCGCAAAGAGGGGACAAAAGCGCACGGUACAAGCAAAAAAAUGGAUAUACGGAAAUAUAUACGAGUCGAUGACGAAGAGUAGGAGACCCACGCUCGAGAAACAACACACUGAAGCAAAGGUUACGAGCCUGCAUUUGCAGGCGAGGAACAAUGCGAAAUAGAAAACGACGAACAAACAAUGUUUAAGAAUGUAGCUAAGAGUACCCAAAAAGCAAAAAAAAAGAAAAAAAAGAAAAAGAAAAAGAAAAAAAAACGGGGGGAAGGAAAGAGUAAUACAUUCUAAUUUAUUUAGCCUAAAUCGAACGAGAUCGUUAGGUGAUAUAUAUAUUAGUAGUCGUGGAUAGCGAUGAAAGAUAUUCUUGUUGCCUAUCGAUACCAAACAUUGAAACGUUGGGGUCGAUUCCUGCCACGAGUGCCUGUGAUAUUAAAGGCGGCGACACUCGUCGGACUCGGAAGAGCCUAGGCUUGGGCCUCAAAAGUGCCUCACUGUGGAUAUACGUUUUAUAUCGUUGCAAGACCGUCGUGCAAGACCAAUCGAGAAGACGGCGGAGUUGAAUUAAAAGAGGAAGAAGAAGAAGAAAAAGAAAAAAUACAAAAAAAAGCAAAUACAAAUAACGCAGGAUGGAAACGAGAAUUUUACUACACAGUUCAACGCGACGAGUUAACCUUGCUGGGGGAGAGAAAGUGAGAGAAAAAAAGGGGGGGGGAAACGAAGAAAGAGAAAAAUGCAAACUGUUAAACGUUAGUUAACGAUUGUAAGGAGAUAAUCACUCUGGUGGCCUUAGAAAUCAAUUAAUAUCUAACAACCGGCCCCUUGGCACUUCCGGGCCCUGUUUAAAUACCCCGAGGAAAUGUCAGAAGAAGAAGAAGAAGAAGAGAGAGAGAGAGAAGAAGAAGAAGGAAGACGUUAAGAACGACUUACCCUCGACCCUCGACCAACUUUCAAAAAAAGGAGAUGCAUCUACCUCGAUCUUCAGCUCGGUAGAAAUUCGUGGGCAGGCCGGUUGUCGUGCCGACGAGAUGAAGGACGACAAAGAGGGAGAACAGAGGAACGUAGCGCGUGGGUGCUGGAUUAUCGGAUAACGAAAUCUUACAAAACGACUAACGACGACAGAGUGCAACAGCCAAGUGGUAUCACAAAAAAAAAAAAAAAAAAAAAAAAUAGAAACUUGAAAACUGCAAAAAAAAAGUGUUAUGCAGUCGGACGACCGACGACAAGCCAAACGCGGUUUCUAUCGAGAUUUAUUCACUUUUCCCUUCACAAGAAAAAAGAGAGAAAGAGAGAGAGAGAGAUAGAAGAAAAAGAAAGGCGUUGUACAAAAUGAAAUUAAAAUAGAGAAAACUGCCUCGUUCGUGUCUAGAACGAUUUCUCGUGUACUUUUUUUUAUCUUCCUGCUGUAAGUUAGCUACGUGCAGCAUGCCAAUGCGAACCUGUCGCUGCGUGACGAAACAAA